AGAGCGAUUUCGGAACCUCCGCGUGAACGUCGCCAUGUUUCUGCGUAUCGCAAUUUCUGUGCUGCUUGCUGUGGCCGCCGCCCAAGGGGUCCAUGGGGCCCAAGAGUGCGAGCCAGGUGAUGCCUCCAUCGCGUUCGUCCAGAUGAGCCGCGAGGUGGUCAAGGCCAAAGGCCCAAAGCCCAAGGACUCCGUGAAGACCAAGACCCCGACGCCUUUGGUCAAUGUGCCGCGAAGCUUCGGUGGUUUGAAGAAGGCGGGCGAAGCAGCUGAGGCAGAGGCCAUUUCCCGUGGCCUUCAGAACUUGGCAUCCUAUGCAAUGGAGACCUUUGCACAAAAGGCAGCUCGGGGUGUUUGAGCUUCAGGCCAACGAGUCCAGCAGGAGUGAAUGGGAGAAGCGAUGCGUUUGGAGACGUCCUUUUAUGCGCUAGGCCCUCUGGUUUUCGGCCAGGUGGCGGCCCUUUUGGGAUUCCAGCAGGUGACGACUCCGCGUAGCAUGAAUACGUAGCGCGCUAUCUUUGGCACUCGAAAUGCGCACACA